AUGGACAGCUCAGACCAGCCAAACUCCAUAUGUCACGUCCAGUCCAUUCACAUGUACCCACUGCAGCCGACAAGUCUUCAAGAGAUUCCCUUCAAUUUAUUGCAUGGAGAGAACAUCCUACAUUCUGGUAUAUCCGUCGAUGGCGUCAUUAUCGUGACCAACUAUCGGCUGUACCUGCAGGCGAGAAACAAGCCCUACCACAUCCCGUCUGGAUUGAUAGAGCUAGUCGAGAUCAAGGAACUGUUCAAUCUCUACAUCGGCUGCAAAGAUGCUAGAACUUACAGGUGUACAUUUGAAAACAAUGAGAAAUGUCAGGUGUGGUACGAGCGUAUCCUGAAAGCAGCAGAACCUCCGAGGCAGGUGGAGCAGCUCUUCGCUUUCUAUCAUUACAUCUGGUCGAAAGAGAAGGGCAGCGAUGACGUCAUUGGUCAAAUCGAGAACCAACGUCGCUAUACUUUCGAUCGAAGAUCAUUCGAAAACGAGAUGAGUAGACAUCAGUUUCAAGGCCAUUCCUGGAGGAUCUCUAAAGUCAACGAGAAUUACAAGUUCUGCCCGACUUAUCCGCCGUACCUGCUCGUCCCGUCUUGCAUCAACGAUGACAUGCUGGAGAGCGUCGCAAAGUUCCGGAGUUCCAGGCGGAUACCUGCCGUCGUCUGGAGACAUGCAAGAAACGGUGCGGUCAUAGUUCGUUCCAGUCAGCCUGAAGUCGGUUGGCUGGGUUGGAGGUCGGCCGAGGACGAGGAUCUGAUCAAGGCCAUAUCGGACGCGUGCAGUUUCGACCACUCGUUCCGCACGUUCGAGAAGGAAUCGAAUUUGUCCACUUCGCCCGGCUCCUAUCAGUCGGACGAGUCCUUGCAAAUCACCAAUAACAUCGGCGUACAAGAAAAGAAAUUUCUGAUAAUGGACGCCAGAUCGUAUACGACCGCGGUGGCGAACAGAGCCAGAGGAGGAGGCUGCGAAUGUCCCGAGUAUUAUCCGAACUGCGAGAUCCAGUUCAUGAAUCUGGCGAACAUACAUUCCAUACGGAAAAGUUUCCACGCCUUGAGACAGCUGUGUAACUAUUCGGCGGACCAAAUCAACUGGUACAGCCAGUUGGAAGGCACGCGAUGGCUGUCGAACAUGUCGGGGCUGAUGAAGGCGGCUGUGACGUUGGUGGCCGCUGUGGAUAGGGACGCUCGGCCGGUGCUGGUGCACUGCUCCGACGGCUGGGACCGGACGCCGCAGAUAGUGGCGCUGGCCGAAUUGCUGCUCGAUCCGUACUAUAGAACUGUAGAGGGUUUUAGAAUUCUGAUUGAACGGGAAUGGUUGGCUUUUGGUCACAAAUUCGCAGAUCGUUGCGGUCACUCAUCAGGUAGCGAUGAUCAAAAUGAAAGAUGUCCAGUCUUUCUGCAGUGGCUGGAUUGUGUACACCAACUACUCAUCCAGUUUCCGUGUGGAUUUGAAUUUUCGCAAAUUUAUUUGGUUAAAUUAGUGCAGCAUACAUAUUCCAAUUUGUUUGGAACUUUCCUAUGCAACACUCAGAAGGAGAGAUCGAAAAUUGUUGAUGGGAAGACUUUUUCUGUAUGGGACUUUUUGGGUUCUCCUUGUUUCAGAAAUCAUCUGUAUUCCGCUAGUACAAACAAAAAAGUAUUAUGGCCUCAAUGUAAUGUGAGAGACUUACACUUGUGGUCCGAAGUGUACCUAGGUUCGAUCGAAGAGAGCUCGUACCCGGAGAGUUCCCGGUUUUGCCCUGACACCCGAGAAUCUUCUCCGAACUACAUGACGAAGACGAGGUCCUACGGAGACCUCAUCAACGACGGAGACUCGUGCACCUACUCCUACAGACGUCUCAGCGAUCCCAGCAUCCAAUGCGAUUCGAAACGGGCGGCGCCUCAGGAAAUCCCAUCUGCGCCGAGCAUUCGACGCGACGUGUUCAACGGUCACGACACUCUUAGAGACGAAGAACCUCCGAACGGUUAUCCCAAUUACCUCGAAGACGGCGAAUGCAACCAGGAUUGCAUGUUCAAGGAGAACAACGACCAAAUGGGCGAUUCGGAUCAGACGGAUUUCGGCGAACCGCCACCUACAAAGAUAGAAGACGACGUCGAAGACUGUAGCGAAGGAAACCUUUCAGUAGAAAAUGUGAUAAAAAGUGAGAUAGACCGAAUUUCUAGUGAUGUGACAAAUGUAUUUAUAUCGACCGAUGGCGAGACUGAAAAGACUGUUCGUAAUGGCAAUGUCGACCAUAUCGACAACGAUGCCAGUGUUACAGACAAUAAUGGGGAACUGAAUGGUGAUAGAAAAUUGACUGCCGUCGAUGUGGGGACUUUUUUAGACAUGGAGAGAUCCGGAGAGACUAGUACUGGAACGCUUGUAGGUGAUGAAAUUAUUUGUGGCAAUCAAUCUGGAAGCGAUCGAAGGUCGAAAUGUUCUAGUGCCACACAACUUUCCAGCACCAACAACGGCUGGGACAGCUCGUUGCACAAUUUUUCACAACCAAAGAAUAUGUUUUCUUAUCACUAUCCAUUAGGUGAAGAUGGUUUGGUUACGUUGAAGUCUGCUGUGCAGGAAAGGCUGAACCAAAUCUUAGAAGAUUAUAAUAGAAAGGUGGAACUCCUUGAAAAGGAACUACACAUCACUAGGCAAAACCUCAUCAAACAAUCACGUCUCAGAUGCAAUCACAAUGACUGUGAACAAGACGAUAAUAAUUCGGUAGUGGAGUCUGUGUGCAGCACCAGCGAGGGGGAAGGGCACGCGUCGGCUGGCGAAUCGCUGCGCUCCGAGCUGUCGUGGGUGGCGGUAGACGAGGGCUCGGCAGAGUGCCAGCGGACGCUGUGGGUGCCCGAUCACGCGGUCAACAGGUGCACCGGCUGCAGCACGGAGUUCUGGCUGGGCAGGCGGCGCCACCAUUGCAGGAGAUGUGGCAGAAUCUUCUGCGCCGACUGCUCCGAGAACAGCACGCCCCUUCCCUCGGAGGACCACUACAAUCCGGUGAGGGUGUGCACCAACUGUUAUUCGGAGAUGCAGCACGACUGCGUCGAAAUUCCUAACCAAUGCAAGCACACUAACAACCAACCGUCGACGGCCAAUACCCAGAUCGCAGCUUCAAGGUUUGGUUCAAAUCAAAUCAACUGCUGCAAUAUUCUUUAUUAG